AUGGACUCGGCGCUGCCCCCCUUUGCGCCGUUUCCCGACUCGGCGGCCCGGCGGCAGCAAAUCGGCCCCGACGACUGGGCGCUAUAUCUGGCCUCAUGGCGCGCUCUUACGGCCGCCUACCUGGCGCUGCCCGACGCCAAGUUUGCCGCUGCUCUCGCCAAGGACGAGCAGACCGGCGUGUCCUCGUUUCUCGUCUCCUUUGCACGCGCCCUCGCCGAGUCGGGGCCUGCCGCUCUCGCCCCGUUCUCGCCCCCGCCCUCACCUGCACAAGAAGAGACUGCCACCUCUCUGAAAAAGACUGUCUUCCUCCUCACCGCACGCGCUCUCCGCCUGCCGAAACCACCACCAGCGGCCCUCCUUGCAUGGGAGCACCUGGCCGAUCUCAGCCGCGUCUACGGCCGCCGACGGACAGGGCACGUCUUGGGGACGCUGCCACCAGCGUCGGUCGGCGCCGCAGAAGCCUCCCUAUCCGCCCUCAAGAAGUUUCUGAUCAGGAACAUGGAGGACGGCCCCUCUGGUAAAGGUGACACCCGCGCCGUCGAGGCCCGCCUGCUGCGUGUCAACUACCUCGUGAGCGCCUGGCCCGCAGCCGGUGCGCUGCUUCUGACAGGCAGCGACUAUCUGGAUGCACUCUGCGCCUGUUUUGUCAUUAUGAACCCGCCAUUGCGGCGCGCCAUUGUCACGAACCUCUACGUCUGCCUGAUUGGCUUGACGGAACCGCCCACGCCGCGGUACUCGCUGCUGUCGGACCUGUUGUACGCCGUGCGGGGCGCCGCCGAGGAGCACAAAAAGGGCCCCUUGCGGCCGUCGGACUCUCUGGCCGCUGAGCUGGUCAGCGUGACGCCUCUGCUCCAGCAGAUACGGCAGCGCGCAGAAGCGCCGUCGUCGUCGGGAGCCACGGGUGCAGGAACCUCCACGAACCGGAUCCUCCCCAUCCUGGAGGACUUGGUGAAGUUCCGCAAACCUGGCAGCGGACUGUCUCUGCCGCCUGGUCGGUUAAAACGCAAGAUCAACAAGGGGAAGGCGGCGGCGCAGACAUCGGCACCGACAGCAGCUGCGACAGACACCGCCGCCACCCAGCAACUCCACCCUCACAAACUCAGCCAGAUCGCCGUCGUCCAGGACCUUUUCCCCGACUUGGGCUCCGCCUUCGUCGCCAAACUGCUCGACGCCUACGACGACGACACCGAGCAGGUCGUCGCCCACCUCUUGGAGGGCACGCUGCCGGCACACCUCGACAGCGCAGACCGCUCCGAGAACCUGCGCGACGCAGCCACCACCAUCGACAGUCAGCACGCCGCAACAGCCAUGGCGCCCCGUGCCACGCCGCCGCUGCCGCCCGCCCGCCGCAACAUCUUUGACGGCGACGAGCUCGACGAGCUGUCUCUGCAGACAUCCAAGCUGCAUUUCGGCAAGUCCGCCGCCAGCACCACGGCCGACGAUCUCCUGGCCGACGGCUCGUCCGCCAAAGCCCCCAACAAGGCCGCCAUCUGGUCCGCCCUGGCCGCGUUCGACUCGGACGACGACGAGCGCGACGACACGUACGAUGCGGCGGACGUGGGGGGCACGGUCGACGCCAGCGCGCCCGGCGGCACGACCGGUGCCGACGGCGACGACCUGCACGCCGCCAACGACCAGACCCUGUACGCCGCCUACAUGGCCACCCCCAACGCCGCCGUCUUCCAGCGCGACGCCGCCACCCGCCGCAGCGCUGCCCGCGCCCGCCUGCGCGACGAGACGGGCAUGACCGACGAGGCCAUUGAAGGGUGGGCCGUCAUGCUGGCGCGGAACCCGCAGCAGCGGCGGCGCCUGGAGCUGCAGUCGAGCGCGUUUGGUGGCGAGCAGACCCAGCUGGCGCGGACGUCGUGGCGGGCGAGCGACCAGGACGACGACAACGACGACGGAGAGGCGCCGUCGCGGGGUGGCUACCGUGGUGGCCAUCGGGGGGGUGGGCGAGGACGAGGAGGCGGCAGCGGUCGCGGCCGCGGCAAUGUGGCCGGCCCGACGGGCGACAAGGAUACGCAGCAAGCCCGCAACCGCAAGGAGGCCAACAAGGGCAGCCGUGCGAAUCACAACCGGCGCGACCAGCGGGCAAAGAAGAUGGCCCGCGGCGGGUUCCCGGGGUAG